UACUUAAAGUUAAAUCAUUGACUGACUUUUUUGAUCUCUAAUAUAUAUAGUAAGUCUUCUUCAUUCUUGCUUUAGCUCUGCAAUCAUCAACUACAUUGUUGUGAUGUGAAUUUACGUAACUCAGUUCUCCGACCAAUCCAGUAAGGCCUUGUUGAAGCACUCAUCAAACUCAACCAUCAAAAUCUAGGAGCUACCCAAAGUCUGAGAAAGUAAGAGUGUAUAAUCUACAAUUAAUCCAAGAUGCCACCUAAAAGAAAAGAAGAGAUAGAGGUGACUACAGUGGGGAGAGUGAAUUCGUUGCCUACAAACAAUUCUCAAUCUUCUUCUCCCCCGUGUUACACAACUGCUCAUGUAUCUCAGAACAAUUCAACAAGACAGAAUUCUUUCUCCUUUGAGGGAACAAGUUUUCAUCAGGAGCAGCCUAUAUAUAAUUCAAACUCCAGCCAUCAACUCUCUGCAGUGCCUUCCUCUCAUGUAAUAAGUCUUAGCACCUCCACUUUGGCACCCGGUAUUGAAACCAUUAAUCCUCAAACAUCUGUGAUCAUUACUGAGGAUGGAGACAUGCCAAUGCAAGAAGAUGUGCGUCUGAAUAUUGCACUAGUGAGCGCUCAAACAGCCAAUGGAUCUCAAAUUGAAUGUCCAACACCCAAUGGGGAAUUGCCACCUCGAAUUCUUUAUGACGGGGUAAGAAGAAGGGACCACCUUUCCGUAUGUGUACCUUUAUAUCAAGCUGCUAUCAAAGGUGAAUGGAAAGCUGCUAAACUUGUCAUUGACAAAGACCCUCAUGUUGUUCGCGUUAGGAUAAAUAGAAAAUUGGAGACAGCUCUACACAUUGCUGCUGCUGCAAAACGCACUGCUUUUGUGAAGGAACUGGUUCAGCGUAUGACUGAAGACGAUCUAGCCUUGCAAAAUAAAGAUGGAAACACUGCAAUUUGUUUUGCUGCUGCAUCAGGUAUUGUGGAAAUUGCUAAGGUUAUGGUGGAAAAAAACGAAAGGCUUCCUAUGAUUCGAGGUAAACAGGGAAAGACACCCUUAUACAUGGCAGCUUUGUUUGGACAUAGGGAAAUGGUGUCAUAUCUCUAUUCUGUUACUACUUUUGGAAGCCUAUCUCAUGAUGAAAAAAUUAGCCUCCUUCUUGUUACUAUCUCAGCUGAUUUAUACGAUCUAGCUCUAAAAAUAUUGGAAAAGGACCAAUCAUUAGCCACUGCUCAAGAUACAAAGGGUGAGACAGCCUUGCACGUUUUGGCUCGAAAGCCUUCAACAAUUGCCAACACAAGUCAGUUAUCAAUCUGGAAAAGAAGUAUAAAUUCUUGCUUCAAAUGGAUCUAUCAUGAGGAUUUGAUGCGGACGUUAGCUCAUCGACUAGUCAAAAAACUUUGGGAACAUGUUCUAGAGCUGCAAGAUUCAGAGAUUUCAAAACUAAUUAGAGAACCUUCAAGACUACUCUUUGAUGCUGCAGAAUUAGGCAGUCUUGAGUUUCUGAUUAUCCUUAUUGACUCAUACCCUGAUCUGAUAUGGAAAAUUGAUCAAAAAAAUCGAAGUUUGUUUCAUAUUGCAGUUCUAAAUCGUCAUGAGAAUAUAUUUAAUCUAAUAUAUGAGAUUGGGGCAAUUAAAGAUUUGAUAGCAGCAUAUAAGGAUGAGAAUAAUAAUAACAUCCUACAUCUAGCCGCAAACUUGGCACCUCUUAGUCGACUCCAAAUUGUAUCAGGAGCUGCACUCCAAAUGCAAAGAGAGCUAUUGUGGUUUAAGGGAGUGGAAAAAAUUGUGCCACCUUCAUAUAUUAAGAUGAAGAAUUCAGAUAACCAGACACCCAAGGAUCUGUUUACAGAGAAGCACAAGGAAUUAUUAAAAGAAGGGGAGAAGUGGAUGAAGAGCACUGCAACUUCAUGCAUGCUUGUUGCAACACUCAUUGCCACUGUGGUAUUUGCAGCAAUCUUUACUCUACCAGGAGGACCUAAUAAUGAUACGGGUGUUCCUUUAUUUCUAGGAAAGAGGUGGUUUUUGAUUUUUGUCAUAUCAGAUGCAGUAGCGCUAUUCUCUUCCUCGGCCUCAAUAGUAACGUUCUUGUCCAUUCUUACAUCACGUUAUGCUGAAAACGAUUUUCUUGUAUCACUACCUGCAAGGUUGAUGUUUGGACUCUCAGCACUGUUUGUUUCCAUUGCUACAAUGGUGAUAGCCUACGGUGCGGCCAUCUCUAUGAUAUAUGAUCAUAAACAUGUUCGGAUUCCUAUCGUUAUUGUGCUUCUCGCUUGUGUUCCAGUCACAUUAUUUGCUUGGCAACAUUUUCACCUUUGGGCUGAUACAAUCAGCUCAACAUAUUGGUCUAGGUUUCUCUUUCAGCCGAAACAUAGGCUUUACCAUUGAAUAAAUGAAUUGCUGAUGUCCUUGUGGAAACCACCAUUAGUUUGUUCCCCUAGAUGCUAAAGAAGCAUUAUAGUUGAGAUGCAUACUUGUAUUUUAUAUGUCUUACUAUGAAUUUUUCCACAAAGUUUCACAUUAUAUUAUUUUGUGUUCAUGAAUUUUAUAUAAACAAAAGUACUUAGUUUGAGUUAAUGAGUAAUAUUUUCUUGA